AUUCUUCUCAGCAGGAAGGAGCUGCUGCUGGUCCUCCUGCUCCUGCCCCUGCUCCGCUCUGCCAGUAGACAGCCCAUUGCUUCGGCGGAGUCGAGAGGAGUAGGGUAGCUGCUGCUGCUGCUCCGGCUCCGACCGACGUCCAGCCAUUGCUUGCCUCAAACCCUACCUUCCUUCCCUCUCUCUCUCUCAAAUGGGGAUGGGAUCCGUCCCUUUCCUUCCCUUCCCUUCCCUUCCCUUCCUAGGGUGGGCAGGAUUUAGGGUUUCGGCCUUCCUUUCUUCUUCUCGGAUCGAUUCGAUUCCAUUGGAAUCCAUCCCCUCCCUCGCAGGCGCAGGCGCAGGCGCAGGGGAUGACUGGACUGGACUGCCUCUGCCGAGCAAUGCACUUCGUCAUCCACCAGCAUUCUAGUACUCUCUUCUCUAAGGUAAGCUAAAUAGUAACAAGGAAAGAGAAACAGAGGUCAUUGCAUUGCAUUGCAUUGCAUUUUGUGAGAUUGGAUCAUCCCUAUUAGCUGCUUACCUUAGAUUAGAGGAGGGAUGCUUGGGGAGAUGGCCGCCGACUCCAGCAUGAGCAUGAGCAUGGCCAUGGCCUUCCACCAGGGCCAGGGGCUCACGGUCACCUCCUCCUCCUUCUACAAUCACCACCACCACCACCACAUGCUCUCCUUCCAGUCCAAUCACGAUCCCACCCUCAUGCCUUCCACUCCUAGAGGACCUAGACCAACCCCUGCUACCACUAGCAAUGCCACCCUCUUCCUCCCUCCCAGCCCUGCCAACGUGACUCCCACCCCUUCCUCACUUCACGGGCCACCAUCCGCUCCAAAGUACAAGUUUGUCACUGGUUCGCCUGCCGAUUGGACAGCCCAUGAGCUCGCAACAUUGAAGGAGGGCCUCAUCAGAUACACUCAUGAGCCUAAUAUUAUGAAGUACAUCAAGAUUGCUGCUAUGCUGCCCACUAGGACUAUAAGAGAUGUUGCAUUAAGGUGCUGGUGGACUCCUGGCAAGGAAAGUAGGAGGAGGAAACCUGAUGAAUAUUAUUCUGGGAAAAACAUGGCAGACUUGAAGGAUAACAUGGCCACCUCUACCUCGGUAGCUAAUAUUCAAAUGGCACCUCCAAAAAAUGUGGUUCCAUUUUCGAUGUCGAUGCAUCAUCCAAAUCUAAAUGGCUUUAUCCCUACGGAAGCAGUCCCUGUUUUGGAUAGUGCAACUCAGCAUCUUCUGGAGGAAAACAAUCAGUUACUCAGCCAGAUAACUGCAAAUAUCGAAACUUUCAAGAUGGAGGAGAAUAUGGACCUCUUUCUACAUACAAAUGACAAUAUAAGAGCAAUUUCGAAAUGAAUGAGGGAGACACCUGGUAUCAUGGGUCAGAUGCCUCCGUUGUCGGUUCCUGUAAAUGAAGAGCAACUAAAUUCACUUGUUCAAUUGGACAGAGUGGUAAGACCACACCACGCCCUUAUGAUUAUAUCAUAGAUCUAGAAAGAUGCCAACAUUGAAUGUUAGAUAACUCUGCCACAAAGCUGAUGGCUGGUGUAAUAUAAAUUGGACGCAAGGAGAAGGAAGGAAGGAAGCUCACCCUGUAGUGUGGAAAUCAAAAGACGAGAUGAGGAGCUUUGGCCGAGUGGUUGGUCCUCUUCUGUAAAUGCCCGCCCAUGAAGAAGAAGAACAACCCCGUUGCCCAUGAAGGGGAUUGUGGUAUUGUUGUAUUGUGACGUAGUAGUAUUGGGGGGGGGGGGGGGGUUGCUACUGGUAGUCUGCUAGUGCUGGGAGAAGAGAAGAGAGAAGAGUCCUAGAGCAGGCAGAAAGGGGCUUGCUUCUUGUUGAUUCUGCCUGCUGAUGUAAAUACAUACAUACAAGCCGCGUUGCUUAAUUGGUUGUCGGCUAUUCCAUUGAGUUGAGUUUCCUUAUUGUACACAUGUAGCAGGAGUAGUAUGUUUUUCUUUUGAAUAAUAAUAUAAUCUUCUCUUCCGGCACUGUCACUGUCACUGCUGUUGUCUUGUGUUCCAGCAUACAUACCAUUCGCUGAGAUUGCAUUUGCAUUCGCUGAGAUUAGAUUGACAAGUUGAGUCUCCAACUCAACUGAAUUGAUUCCGGCCCCACCCAUCUGGCUGCCUAAAAGCAAGGUAGCUGUCGUGUCGGCCGCUUCCCUUCCCUUUCCUUCCACAAGGCCGGAAGCCAAGCCAAGCCGCAAGCAACUCCGAGGAAGGCCCAUGGCGUCGGAAGCGGAGGAGGACGUGUGCCGCAUGUGCCACGUCCCGGCCGAGGCGUACCGCCACCUGCGCCUGCCGCGCCACCAUCAAGUUCGUCCAUGACGACUGCCUCCUCCGAUGGCUCGCCACCAGGAGCUCGCUCAACUCCACAUCCACAUGCGAGAUCUCACAUGCGGCAAUAGCAAAAACCUCCAUAAAGAAAGGGUUCUGGAAAGUUUGUGCUGCCUCCUCCAUCAUUGUGAAGAAAUCUACUGUCCAAUUCCAAGUGAUACCGAUCGAAGACCAGCAUCUAGAACUGAAAGAGCACUCAAAGAACAUACGGAAAAUAGUCUCCUCUAUGUUUAGAUUGCAGAGGAUACAAUUAUAGUAAUUACCCUCAAUUUGUAGAUUUUUUCUUUUGAGAAUGUUCCUAGUGUUGAGUCUGCCUUUGAAGAAAAGCCAUGCGAAGACUUUUAUCUUUUUUUGAGCAUUUCGAAUUCCAAAUUUCUGUGAUGGGAGCUGAAGGUGAUAUUGACUUGUAAGGAAGAGCGUAGAAUCUACUGGACCCAUAAUUGCUAUUACCCCAACAGUAUAACCGUGUAUCCUUAUGGGUGUUGGUUCUGAAUUUGAGCUAACUUCUGUUGGAGGUUCUGAAAU